CUCACCUGCAUCUGACCAGAGAUUACUCCUGGGACUGAGGCCCCCAGCUCCAAGGUGACCAGUUCUCAAGACCCACCCCUCCGUCCUGAACAGCACAUAGAAGGAAGCCCUGAGCAGGAAGUGCUGAGGCACAGGGUGAGGGCGGGGGCUUUGUGGAGGGGAGCCUAACCUCCCUGGGCAGGAGCAGUGACCACAGCCCCCCAUUGAAAGCAGGGGGGAGGAGACUGAUUUAAAAGACAGAUGGGCCUCUGGCCAAAGCAUUCAGCUCUGCCCCCAGCCACUGCCACCCGUGGGCUAAAAGAGUAUCCAGACUUCCGGACCUGCUCGAUCGGGGCGGGUGCCAUGUGAGCCCAGCCCGGCUGGCUCUCCUCCUUCGGGCCUUUCUUCCUUCCCUCCUCCUACCCACGGGUGCCUGUCCAGCCUCUCCAAAGAGGGACGCUUAGCAGCAUGUCUCUGCUCAACCCUGUCCUGCUGCCCCCCAAGGUGAAGGCUUAUCUGAGCCAAGGGGAGCGCUUCAUCAAAUGGGACGAUGAAACCACAAUAGCCUCCCCAGUUAUCCUCCGCGUGGAUCCCAAGGGCUACUACUUAUAUUGGACACAUCAGAGUAAGGAGAUAGAGUUUCUGGAUAUCACCAGCAUCAGGGAUACUCGCUUUGGGAAGUUUGCCAAGAUACCCAAGAGCCAGAAGCUCCGGGAUGUCUUCAACAUGGACUUUCCUGAGAACAACUUCCUGCUAAAGACGCUCACUGUGGUGUCUGGCCCGGACAUGGUGGACCUCACCUUCCACAACUUUGUCUCCUACAAGGAGAACGUGGGCCAGAACUGGGCUGAAGAUGUACUGGCUCUGGUCAAGCACCCGCUGACAGCCAAUGCCUCUCGCAGCACCUUCCUGGACAAAAUCCUGGUAAAGCUCAAGAUGCAGCUCAAUCCCGAAGGGAAGAUUCCUGUGAAGAAUUUUUUCCAGAUGUUUCCUGCUGACCGCAAGCGGGUGGAAGCUGCCCUCAGCUCCUGCCACCUCCCCAAAGGCAAGAAUGAUGCCAUCAAUCCUGAGGACUUCCCAGAAUCCGUCUACAAGAGUUUCCUCAUGAGCCUCUGUCCUCGGCCAGAAAUAGAUGAGAUCUUCACUUCCUACCACGCCAAGGCCAAGCCCUACAUGACCAAGGAGCACCUGACCAAAUUCAUCAACCAGAAACAGAGGGACUCCCGCCUCAACUCUUUGCUGUUUCCGCCCGCCCGGCCUGAUCAAGUGCGGGGCCUCAUCGACAAGUACGAGCCCAGUGCAAUCAACGUGCAGAGGGGCCAGCUGUCACCUGAGGGCAUGGUGUGGUUUCUCUGUGGGCCGGAGAACAGUGUGCUGGCCCAGGAUAAGCUGCUACUCUACCAAGACAUGACACAGCCACUCAACCAUUACUUCAUCAACUCCUCACACAACACCUACCUGACAGCUGGCCAGUUCUCUGGCCUUUCCUCGGCAGAGAUGUACCGCCAGGUGCUGCUGGCUGGCUGUCGCUGCGUGGAGCUGGACUGCUGGAAGGGCAGGCCCCCUGACGAGGAGCCCAUCAUCACCCACGGCUUUACCAUGACCACAGACAUCUAUUUCAAGGAAGCAAUUGAAGCCAUUGCAGAAAGUGCUUUUAAGACCUCCCCCUAUCCUGUCAUCCUGUCAUUUGAAAACCAUGUGGACUCACCCCGCCAACAGGCCAAGAUGGCUGAGUAUUGCCGGACGAUGUUUGGGGACAUGCUACUCACAGAGCCCCUGGAAAAGUUCCCUCUGAAACCAGGCAUCCCCCUGCCCAGCCCCGAGGAUCUCCGAGGCAAGAUCCUCAUCAAGAACAAAAAGAACCAGUUUUCUGGCCCAGCAUCCCCCAGCAAGGAGCCGGAUGGGGAGGCUGAGGGCGACUGCCCACCCAGUGCCUCUGUGGGUGAGGGCACAGCGUGGGCUGGUGAAGAAGGAACAGAGCCGGAGGAGGAAGAGGUGGAAGAGGAGGAGGAGUCGGGAAGCCUGAAUGAGGAAGAGAUCAAGAAGAUGCAGUCGGACGAGGGCACAGCGGGCCUGGAGGUGACGGCUUAUGAGGAGAUGUCCAGCCUAGUGAAUUACAUUCAACCCACCAAGUUCAUCUCCUUUGAGUUCUCUGCCCAGAAGAACCGAAGUUAUGUCAUCUCCUCCUUCACAGAGCUCAAGGCUUACGACCUGCUCUCCAAGGCCUCGGUGCAGUUUGUGGACUACAACAAGCGCCAGAUGAGCCGCAUUUACCCUAAGGGCACCCGCAUGGACUCCUCCAACUACAUGCCCCAGAUGUUCUGGAAUGCUGGUUGCCAGAUGGUUGCCCUCAACUUCCAGACGAUGGACCUGCCCAUGCAGCAGAACAUGGCGCUGUUUGAGUUCAAUGGGCAGAGUGGCUACCUCCUCAAGCAUGAGUUCAUGCGCCGGCCAGACAAGCAGUUCAACCCCUUCUCAGUGGACCGCAUCGAUGUGGUGGUAGCCACCACCCUCUCCAUUACGGUGAUCUCUGGGCAGUUCCUGUCAGAACGCAGUGUGCGCACCUAUGUCGAAGUGGAGCUGUUUGGCCUUCCUGGGGACCCCAAGAGGCGCUAUCGCACCAAGCUGUCACCCAGUGCCAACUCUAUCAAUCCUGUCUGGAAGGAGGAGCCCUUUGUCUUUGAGAAGAUCUUGAUGCCUGAGCUGGCCUCCCUCAGGGUGGCUGUAAUGGAGGAAGGCAACAGAUUUCUUGGACACCGCAUCAUCCCCAUUAAUGCCCUGAAUUCUGGCUACCACCAUCUGUGCCUGCACAGCGAGAGCAACAUGCCCCUUACCAUGCCUGCGCUUUUUGUCUUCCUGGAGAUGAAGGACUAUGUACCUGACACCUGGGCAGAUCUCACCGUGGCUCUUGCCAAUCCCAUCAAGUUCUUCAGUGCCCACGAUAAGAAGUCUGUGAAGCUCAAGGAAGCCAUAGGAGGUCUGCCUGAGAAACCCUUCCCACCCGGGAGUCCGGUCGCCGGCCACGUCAAUGGGGCACUGGCCCCACUGAGCAACGGGUCUGCAGACCACGCUGUGGCUCUUGCAGCAGCCGGGGCCAGGGCCAGGGAGCAAGCCGUGAAAGAAGCUGCGGAGCCACGGACGGCCAGCCCGGAGGAGCUGCGGGAGCUGAAGGGCGUCGUGAAGCUGCAGCGGCGGCACGAGAAGGAGCUGCGGGACCUGGAGCGGCGCGGCGCGCGGCGCUGGGAGGAGCUGCUGCAGAGGGGCGCGGCGCAGCUGGCCGAGCUGGGGCCGCCGGGCCCGGGGGGCUGCGGGGGCCGCGGGCUCAGCGCAAGCAAGGGCUCCCGCAAGAAGAGGACCCCGCUCUGCGAGGAGGCCGCCGGGGCCGCGCCGAGCGAGGGCCGCGAGGGCCCCGAGGGCGCGGACGCGCGCGCGCGGGAGCUGAAGGACCGCCUGGAGCUGGAGCUGCUGCAGCAGGGCGAGGAGCGGUACGAGUGCAUCCUGAAGCGCAAGGAGCAGCACGUGGCCGAGCAAAUCGCCAAGAUGAUGGAGCUGGCCAGAGAGAAGCAGGCUGCGGAGCUGAAGACCCUCAAGGAGACCUUGGAGACUGAUACCAAAGAGAUGAAGAAAAAGCUGGAGGCCAAGAGGAUAGAGCGGAUCCAGGCCAUGGUCAAAGUCACCUCGGACAAGAUGGCUCAAGAAAGGCUGAAGAGAGAGAUUAACAACUCUCACAUUCAGGAGGUGGUGCAAACCAUCAAGCAGAUGACAGAGAACCUGGAGAAGCACCAGGAGAAGCUGGAGGAGAAGCAGGCAGCUUGCCUGGAGCAGAUCCGGGAGAUGGCAAAGCAGUUCCAGCAGGAGGCACUGGCAGAGUACGAGGCCAAGAUGAAGGGCUUGGAGGCCGAGGUGAAGGAGUCAGUGAGGACCUGCCUCAGGGACUGCUUCCCCUCUGAGGCCAAGGACAAGCCUGAGAGGUCCUUUGGGGCCUUCAAGGAGCUGUGUGAGCAGGACCCACUCACAGCAAAGGCAGAUGCCCAGGAGAGUCGCCUCUGAUGCCCCCAUCCCACUGGGACAUUCUGUAAGGACAUUCGCUCUUCUCUGGGAUGUGGCUCCAUCCCCCUGGGAGGAAAGGCCCCCGCAUUCUAAGGCUGUCGGAAGCUGGGGCUCCCUUGGACUCUGGAGCCCCCUCCUGCAGCUAAGCUGGAGGAGGAGGCAGGAACCUGGCACCAUCAGGGCAGGGGCCUGUCUGGGUUUAGAGGCCCACUCCAGUCGGACUUCCUGCUCUUCAUCCCUCACCUCUUCCUCUGAAUGAGUGUCACAGAUUCGUUGAGGGCACAAGAAUAUGGACUGGGAGGCAGGAAAUGGGGUCCUGGCCCCACUCCACCUUUCCUAGUGAGCAACCAUUGGUGCCCCACUCCGGACUCACUGUUCUCACCUGGAGGGUUAGGUCUGGCCAUCUGGAACCUCCACUUUAGCACCUCUAGUUCAAGCAGGACCAAACUCCAAACCCUGCUGCUGUGAGGCCCCAUCUCAGACCUGUCCUGAGUUGGCCUCCUUGUCAGCUCCCUGAUGUGGAGCCUGGCACUACCUCCAAGCUCCCUGGGGACAGCUGCUUCCGGGAUCCCAGGCUGAGGUCCCUUCCCUGGCCUCCUGCCUGUGGGGGACGGGAGGCUGGCAUGGAAAAGCUGCCUCAGAUGUCUGGUCUCUGAGACACUGGGCCUCUGGCUCGCAGGGAGGGGCCAAGGAAGGCCUUUGGGACACUCUUCUAGGCCUGGGGGCGGGGGUGGUUACUUCCUAGUAUGCACCCCCACGCAGGCUGCCUGACAAGGUCAUUAUCAUUUUCUCUCCUGCCUUUAUGAGAUUUAUUUAUUUUUUCCCCUUCUUACUGCUACUGAAAAGAACCCUGUCCCAAUAUUUCCUGCCUAAGCCUGGUCUCUGCUCUACAGCUAAGAAAUGGGAGGCAGGGGUAGUAUGCUCCUGAAAUGAAACAGCCUGGGGAGUAAAAUAAAAAAACCCUUUGGGAGCUGAACCCCAGGAUGAAGUCCCUUCCAGAGCCCAGUGGAAAGGAAUGGCCCUGCCUCUGGGCACGAAGGGGAUUCACUUCCCCUUCUGGCAGCUCUGAUGCCACAACCACUGGAAAAUGAGGUCACUCCUUCUCUCCACCCGCCCCCAGAUGUGGGCUUUCCUUGUCUCCACCCUCAGGGCUUACAGCAGAAGAGCCUGUUGCAAAGGUGCCCCCCACCCUCUUGGGGAGCUGUGAACCUCCAGGCCACCUGGGCCCCUUUAGGCAGACUUAGAGCGAUCACAUUCUUAGGCCCCCGUGGUAGUUAUGGUUGAACCCAACACUUGCUCGACAGGGGCUUGGGGGCAGCUGUUCGCCGCAUCUGUGGCAUGGUCCCAAAUCCCAAAUGGGAAUAGGCACUGGCCUGGGAGAAACCAGGUGGGGAUUGAUUCUGGGAAGAGGUUGUUUUCUUAUCAGAGAGUUAUAACAAAUGCCAUUAGCUCUGAGCACCUGUGCCUUCGAAAAAUAAACAGAACCACCGCCACCACCCUCCAUACCUCUGGGGGCUGGACCUCUGGGAUCUCAGCAUUCCCGGGUUGCAGGUUGAGACUAGGGGUCCUGCUCAUUCACAGCAGUAAGGCCUGUCAUUGACACGUCCCGCUUGCAUACACACUGGAUACAGCCAAGGGUGGGACACUUGUACCCCAGAGCAGUGUGCUGUCUUUAGUUCUCCUGCUGGGCACUCCACUGCCCCAUCUCCCUGCCAGCUCAGGGGUAGAACCGUGUAGGGAUGAGGAUCCAGGCUAGACGAGCUCACUGACCCAGGCACGUGGGCAUAAGCCAGAGCCAGUGCCAAACAGAGUCAACUGGACAGUCCCCUGUUUUUGCCCGAGACUGCUGAGGGGAAGGAGAAGCUGCCUUCCCCGAGCCUCUCAGCCAGACGGGGCAGUUUCUGGGCUCCCCAGUGUGGAGCUGGGAAGCCCAGGAAUAGGGAAGGAAAUGCAAUCCUGCCUCUUGGAGAGGCCUCUGCAUAGCAGGUUGGGGGCCAGCCCCAGAUACCCACCUCCCUGCUUUCUGUCCUCUGGAAAAAGGGCAAGGUGCCCCCCUGGGAAAAUGUCAUAGUCUUUGGGCCCUGGAGAUGAGUUAAUCUCUGGCUGUGGGGGAUGUGCAGAGGAGAGGUUGAUGACUUCCCUCAGGGCCCUGAGCAGGUGAAUUCCUGCUGUGUAUCUGUGGGGCUGGGGCAAGGUUCCCCGUCCAUUCAUCAUGCCUCAGUUUCACCUUUUACAUGAAGAGAAGGGUCCCCGCCCCUUCCCAGUCCCAUUGCUGACUCAGAUACUAGAGUCCCCUGCUGACUCACCCCACCCCCUGCACCCCCCAUCCCCUCCCCGGCUCUCUGGAUCUCCCAGGCAUGUGCCACCUGGCCCAACCCUGCCGAGCUGGUGCAACAUGACAGGGUGAGGGGGCUGGUGACACUUGAGGGGGAAAGAAAGGGGUCUGGGAGGGGCGCUGGCUGCAGACAGAAUGACAGACUGCAGACCUGAGCCUAGCGCCUCUGGGAGGAAGCUCUUUUGCCAGCCUGGGGCCUGCCUGGGGGAGAGGCUCAGCAGGUGGAGGGGAGGAGAGUGUGGAGUGCCUGCCUGCUCCCUGCCUCAGCUCCAUCUCUUGUCAGCCUUCAGCUCCCUAAGCGACAGCUUCUAAUUCUGGCUGUUGGGGCCUCUGCUCUGCGGCACCGUCUCAGCUCUUUUUUUCCCCCCAGUUUUGCUAUUUCUUUUCUGUUCAGAACCUACUGAGCCUACGGAAAAGUCAGAGCUAGGGCUCCAGGGCCUGAGACCCGCCACAGGCCUGACUGGCUUGGUGAUGACAGAUGGGGCAAAUGCACUGGCUGCUCCUUCUAAAGAGUGGCCAGCAUGGCGCUGUCUGCCAAGCCAGGGUGGAGGCCCUGACAGGAACCUCUGGCUCCUGUGCUUCCCUGGAACUGUCUCCAUCCAUCCCAGGAACAGAGGCGGAAGCCCCAAUGAGGAGGGAGUCCAUGGUUCUUUAGGACAGAGCAGUGACCCAUUCCAUGUUCCCGCUGCUUCUCUCCUCUACCUGGGGUGUGUCGCUGCCUGGCUUGUCAGGCGGGCCUGCCACAUGCAGAUUCCAGGGUUACCUCCUUCCCCAACUCUGGAAACAGGAGGGAAGAAAGCAAUUUCCCUCAUGCUGCAAAAAGGGGAAUUGAGUCAUGAAGGGAAGGAAAGCCUUUCUUCUGCUGAGGUGGGGGGAGAGCUUUCCUGCACCCCCACUGGGGUUGGAGAGUCUAUACUCACCCUGAGGCGACACCCCAGGAGGGGCCCCCAUGUCUGGGGUGGGCGAGUUUGGAUUUUCUACACUCUGAAUAACCAUGUAGCUCUUUCCCUGACACUCUCUAGCUUGAUCUUGCCAGAAGUAGGCAGGGCUAGUAUUGUCGGCUUCAUUUUGCAGAUGAGACAAUGCAGGCCUGGAGCCACACUGCUAAUAAAUGCCUUCAAGCUGUGACUUAA